GAGCAAAAGCAACUAUAGGCUUUGCUUGCACACUGGGAUUUUUUUAACAAUGCUGCAGGAGUCUGGAGGAAGCUGUUUCUUUCCUGUGCUUUCCUCGUAUGUGAGCUUUUCUCCAUUUCCGACAGCCUUGUGUCUACUUACCUAGUGUCUACUCUGUUUCCUGGAGCUGUAAGUUGCUGCUCUUCUGCUACAAUCCAUCUUUUGGUUGUAAAAGGAGUCUGGAAGCAUCGAUUGGUCUUCAGCUUUGCCCUGCAUCUGAUGUAGUUUACAUGAAUUGUACUUUAAAUGAAUUGGAGGUUGCUUCUAUGUUACCAGCUGGCCAAAGCAUCUAGGAGACGAACCCCUGGAGGCUGGCACUCCCUGCUGGGAAGUUGUCGAAUACCAUGGGAAUAUUCAUCCAUGACGCUCUUCAGUGCCUGAUGCUUAACAGCAGUAUGUGAAAAGGAAUGAUGGAAUUCUGGCAGUGAAACGGCUACGAGAGAUUCUGAUGUGUGAGCUUCCUGCAUGUCUUGUUCCUCGAACAGUAAUACAGAAUGUUGAAAGAGUUGAUGACAGCUGGCUUGCUCCUGUUGUGUUUCUCUGGCCCAGAGGAAACUCCUCAUUGCCAUGACAACACUGCUCUUGCUCUCCUAGCAACACCCAGUUAACUGACGGUCAAGGAGAAGAGUUUGAUGGUUUGUUUUCAAUCGGAUCAAAAGCUGUAUCCCUCAUCCUGUGGAGAAGAUGAAAUUUCCAUUCUAUUGGCCCUUUGUCAAACUGGCGCAAUAACAUUCUAGCGGUUUGCUAAAAAGAACUGCUUUGGUUAUGGCUACUGAUCCAACGUGAUACGGCGCGCGCCAAUUCUUGGACUCAUGACUGGGUAUACCAUGUUGCGGAAUGGGGGCGUAGGGAAUGGAGGCCAGCCCUGGAUGUUACGGUGGUCCAGUCGGAUCCGGCUCACUUGGCUUAGCUUCACAUUGUUCAUCAUCCUGGUCUUCUUUCCCCUUAUCGCCCACUACUAUUUAACCACCAUAGACGAUGCAGAUGAUGCUGGCAAGCGCAUCUUUGGCCCGCGCACAGGCAACGAGCUAUGUGAGGUGAAGCAUGUUCAGGAUUUGUGCCGCAUCCGAGAGUCGGUGAGUGAGGAGCUACUUCAGCUGGAAGCCAAACGGCAGGAGCUGAACAGUGAGAUUGCCAAACUGAAUCUCAAGAUUGAAGCUUGCAAGAAAAGCAUAGAGAAUGCCAAGCAGGAUCUCUUGCAGCUGAAGAACGUCAUCAGUCAAACAGAACAUUCAUACAAAGAACUGAUGGCCCAAAAUCAGCCCAAGCUAUCUUUGCCGAUCCGGUUGCUACCAGAGAAAGAUGACUCUAACUUCCCCUUGCCAAAAUCCAACAGGAACUGCCGGUUACACAAUUGCUUUGACUAUUCACGUUGCCCGCUAACUUCUGGAUUCCCAGUGUAUGUCUACAACAGUGACCAGUAUCAUUUUGCAAGCUCACUAGACCCUCUAGUUAAACAAGCCUUUGAGUCAACUGUCAGAACUAAUGUGUAUGUUACUGAAAAUGCAAACAUUGCUUGUAUAUACAUAAUCUUAGUGGGAGAAAUUCAGGAGCCCGUAAUGCCAAAACCUACUGAAAUAGAGCAACAGUUGCACACUCUGCCAUAUUGGAGAUCUGAUGGACACAACCAUCUCAUUAUUAACUUAUCCAGGAAGUCUGAGACUCAGAACUUCCUUUAUAACAUCAGUACAGGGCGGGCCAUGAUUGCCCAGUCCACCUUUUAUGAUGUACAGUAUCGCCCAGGUUUUGAUAUUGUAGUGUCUCCUCUGGUCCAUGCAAUGUCUGAACCUAAUUUCUUAAAGAUCCCACCCCAGGUGCCAGUCAAGAGGAAAUACUUAUUCAGUUUUCAAGGGGAGAAGGUGGAGUCUCUCCGGUCCAGCUUGCAAGAAGUACGCUCAUUUGAGGAGGAAAUUGAAGGCAAUGCCCCAGCAGACUAUGAUGAUAGGAUCAUUACCACCUUGAAGGCUGUACAAGACAGCAAACUGGACUUUGUCUUGGUAGAAUUCACUUGUAAGAACCAACCUAAGGCAAGCCUGCCCACUGAGUGGGCUCUUUGUGGGGAAAGGGAGGAUAGACUAGAGCUACUGAAACUAUCUACAUUUGCACUGAUAAUCACCCCAGGGGACACCCACCUUGUGAUCUCUGCUGGGUGUGUAAUGAGACUCUUUGAGGCUCUAGAAGUUGGAGCUAUCCCAGUGAUCCUUGGAGAGCAAGUCCAGCUGCCCUACCAUGAUGUGAUCCGGUGGAAUGAGGCAGCCUUAAUUAUACCAAAGCCACGUAUCACAGAAGUGCACUUUCUUCUCCGAAGCAUUUCUGACAAUGACCUCUUGGCCAUGAGGAGGCAGGGCCGUUUCUUGUGGGAGACCUAUUUUUCCACCUCAGAAAGUGUCUUCAACACAGUCUUGGCCAUCAUAAGGACUCGAAUCCAAAUCCCAGCUGUUCCUAUUCGUGAGGAAAUGGCAGUGGAGAUUCCUCACCGAUCUGGCAAAGCUGCUGGCACAGACCCCAACAUGGCUGACAACGGGGACUUAGACUUGGGGCCAGUGGAAACAGAGCCACCCUACUCAUCCCCCAAAUACUUACGCAAUUUUACCCUCACAGCUAUGGAUAUUUACAGAAAUUGGAACUCUGCACCUGGGCCCUUCCAUCUCUUUCCCCACACACCCUUUGACCCUGUCUUACCAUCAGAAGCCAAGUUUCUUGGGUCUGGGACUGGAUUUCGACCUAUUGGUGGAGGAGCUGGUGGCUCUGGGAAAGAGUUCCAGGCUGCAUUAGGUGGCAAUGUUCCAAGGGAGCAAUUCACAGUAGUAAUGUUAACCUAUGAGAGGGAGGAAGUAUUGAUGAACUCCUUGGAGAGGCUCAAUGGUCUCCCCUAUUUAAAUAAAGUUGUGGUAGUCUGGAAUUCUCCCAAACUUCCAUCAGAAGAUCUCCUGUGGCCAGACAUUGGUGUCCCAAUUGUGGUUGUGCGCACAGAGAAAAACAGCCUGAACAACCGGUUUCUGCCCUGGGAUGAGAUUGAGACAGAGGCCAUUUUGUCUAUUGAUGAUGAUGCCCACCUUCGCCACGAUGAGAUCAUGUUUGGAUUCCGGGUUUGGAGAGAAGCCAGGGACCGCAUUGUUGGGUUUCCUGGGCGGUACCAUGCGUGGGACAUCCCUCACCAGUCCUGGCUCUACAACUCCAAUUACUCCUGUGAACUGUCCAUGGUGCUGACGGGUGCUGCCUUCUUUCACAAGUACUAUGCCUACCUAUAUUCCUAUGUGAUGCCACAGGCCAUCCGUGAUAUGGUAGAUGACUAUAUCAAUUGUGAGGAUAUUGCUAUGAACUUUCUGGUCUCUCAUAUCACCAGGAAGCCACCCAUCAAAGUAACUUCCCGCUGGACCUUCCGCUGCCCUGGCUGUCCUCAGGCACUUUCACAUGAUGACUCUCACUUCCACGAGCGACACAAAUGCAUCAACUUCUUUGUCAAAGUGUAUGGCUACAUGCCCUUGCUGUACACCCAGUUCCGUGUGGACUCUGUUCUCUUCAAGACCCGGCUACCCCAUGACAAGACAAAAUGCUUCAAGUUCAUCUAAACAGAACGUGCUGGCUACAGAUUUGUGGGACGAGGCUGACAGCAGAUAUGGAAAGGAGGUCCCUUCACAAGGCGCAGAGAGGAAGAAACCUCCCCCGAGACUAGUUUCCCCUUUCUGUUUACUUUGGGACAUGGUCAUGAGUUCCACAUCUGUCCACGCCCACCAAGGGAAAAUGAACAGGAACUGAUUGGCUUGGGACCUCAUUUAAAGACUCUCCUAGUAUCACGUACUGAGAAAGAAAAAGAAAAAAAAACCCUGAGACUUUGGUUAGUCCUGCAGUUAGUGGGUUAGCCAAGAGCAAAACUGGGUUUUUAAAAAUAAUUAUUAUUUAAAAUGGAAGUGUUUUAGAUAUGCCUUGUAAGGCUUUCUAUUUUUUUUUUCCUUUGGGGGAGGGAGGGGGGGAUUUCACUGUUGUUUUGUAUCCAACCCGUAUGUCUCUUGGGAGAAAUCAGAACCCCAAGAAAGCCCCGUACUUGACCUGGUGUGCUGCUGUUGAGGAGUGUUGUAUAGGGUGGAUGAGGAGUGGGGGGGGAGGCUACCUGCUUGCUACAUGGCAUAUCCUGUGCCAGACCUGCUCAGGGCACCAUGGAGGAGAUGGUGCUGUUCUUCCCACUGUGGAGGGGAGCGGAAACUGUCCCCUUUUCUGUUUGUUUUCCUGUGGCUGCUAAGGAGCUAACUACUGCUAAUAAGUGUUUCACCUUCUUGUCUCUUUGGCCCUGCUGUGGUAAAACAAAGCCCAUUCAGACACUCACCUUCUCCCACAUUCAUAUGGAAGUGCUGUUCCAUGGUGACCACCCCAUCUAUCUAAAUCUUCAGUUCCUCACCGACUGCGCUAUUAAAACUGCCCCUGGACACAAGACACCCAGAACCCUUUGCUCCCGGGGUCCUGCUCUUCUCUCCCCUGCAGUGUGAGCAGUGUUAAGCUCCACCCUCUUUGACUCAGAGGUCUUAAUUAACCAUUACUUAUGCAACAUUAGAAGCUUCUGUUUGGUGUGCUGUUGCUAUGGGGCUGUGCUUCAUAGCCUUUUUAAAGGAAGUUUGUAAUGAUCUUUUUAAAUCCCUUUUGCUCGGCAUCUUGGUGAUUCUGUCUCAGUUCUCUUUCACACACGUGCCCUGCAAGAGUUUCACUUUACAGGUACAGGGGCCUGUGCUGUGUCACUGAGAAGCAAGUAUACGUGUGGACAACCUAAUAAAAUGUGUCUUGGAUCAACCCUCA